AUGCUCAUACUGCAUCAUAAUGAGUCCAGGAACUGUGCACUCCACGGAUGGCACCAGCCUGAGAUUCCCACUCUACGAUUUAACCAGUUGGCAAUAGCAGAAAUUAGAAAACACUUUAAUCACCAUGCAGUGAGUUUGGUCUGCAUUUGCAAUGAUUCCGAUACAAGUCUCCUCGAAACUCUGGCUGAAGAUACUAACAACAUGCGACAGGAACGAAUUAUCUUGUGGAUACAAACGAGCGUCACCAAAAAGCUUCUUCACGUGAUUUCCAACCAAUGCAAGGAGUACUUCUUUAUAUUUAUGCUAAUCCUGGAAGUAGGGGAAAAUCCUCAUCAACCAGUGACUGUUCUGCGCCUUGAUGCUUUCCCAGUACUCCGUUUUCGUCGGAUCUCUAAUAUAUUCGGUCUCAAACACCAAAUUUUUCAACAUAGAAAGUUUAACUUCAAAGGAAGAAAUGCAAGCCUGUUACCAGGUUUGGAAACAGACUUAAAAGUCAACGAAAUGUUGUCGCCAAAGUAUGAAUUUCCUUUUCUUCGUACCCGAGAUUUAAUAAUCAUAGAGUUCGCCAAUAAGUACAAUUUAAGUCUUAAAUUAAUGAACUCAUCAAUUGGAACCCAUCUGAAAGGAUCGUCGGGAGUUGCCGACUUCCGAUUGAACUCGCUGUCGCAAGAAAAAAAGUUCUUAAGAUAUGUAAAUCCCUAUGAUAUAUCGUCCUUAUUUGUUGUCGUUCCCUGUGGCAAAGGGAGGAGUUUUGAGGAAGUGAUCAAGCAACUGGAUCUGAAGUCCUGGCUACUGCACAUUGUUUUUGUCUACGGCAUCUUUGUGAUGGCGGAGACCUUCAUACUCGUGGUGACCUAUAAGAUAUCCGGAAAAGUCUUUCGAUUGACCAGUCUCAAUCCCCUGUUGAAUCUCCGAGCCUUCAGGGCCCUUCUGGGCAUGUCCUUUCCCAUAAGCCGCAGAUCAAGUCUCUCGCUUCGCCAGCUUUUCCUGUCAAUAAGCAUUUUUGGAUUGAUCUUCAGCAACUUCUUCAGCUGCAAGUUGAGUGCUCUUCUCACAAAGCAUUCCGACCAUCCGGACAUCAAAAACUUCGACGAUUUACGUGCCAGUGGCCUGACCGUCAUCGUGGAGAUGCAUCAUCGUUCUGUCAUCGAACAACAACUAGGCCCUGAAUAUUUUAGACAAAACCUAACAAAUGUAAAAUUUGUGCCUCUUCAAAAGAAGUUUCUACUGCUGCUUUCCCUCAACCACACUUAUGCAUAUGUUACUCCGUCGGAAAGCUGGGCGACUUUAAAUAACUAUCAAAAGUCUUUUGGAAAGAGAGUGUUCUGCUACUCAAAUAACCUGACCAUCAUCCAAAGUCUGCCCAGAACGUACAUAGAGCACAAGAACUCAGAAUUUUACUGGCCCUUUUUUAUGUUUUCGAUUCAGUUUCAAGAAACCGGCAUCCCUGAGUAUUGGAAUCGCGAAGCUCCCGACGUUUUAAGGGCCGACCUUAAUGUGACCAUUCUGGAGAGGAACAAGGAUAAAUUAGUUCCUCUAUCCGUGAAUCACUUGAAGUGGCUGUGGACUGUUCUUGGAUGUGGAUAUGGGCUCGCUACGGCUGUCUUUAUCAUCGAAAUUUUCCUGGACGGUCUGCACCGCAGACCCCGGAAUCAUGACAUUGUGGAAUAA